AUGCCACAGUCCGGUUUGCAAAUCAAAUGCAAUCCAUUCAAACUACCGGAAUUUCAGUCCAUUUUCGACAUACGUGAUAUGGAUAAACGUCUCCGAAAAGAGGAGAACGAACGUUUGCGUAAACUGAAAUUAGUGGAUAAAACGAACGCGGGAAAACAAGCCCCAUCACGAAAAGCUGUUCUGGCGGAUGAUGACGAUGGGGAAAGUUCUAGGGAACAACAAGAAGACAAUACAAAAAUUAUUUUGGACAGUACCAAAGGCAGACAUGUCGAGAAUGAAACGUAUCAGGAGUACAUUGCAAACCAACGUAAAAUGUUCCUGGCCGAGUACUCAAUCGCGGUUCAAAAACAUGAGAUUAGUCGUCUCGAGGAGUUGGCUCGUAGAGAGGAGAAAAAGUUGGAAUUAGCUGAACAGUGCCUGGAACAAGAUGCUGCACUGUUUGAUGAAUUUCUGCGGGACAAUGACAAAAGUUCCGUGGAAGCGAUUGCCGCUGCAGAACAGGAAUCCAGAAAGCGAGCUGCAAUGAGCGAUGAAAUUAAACAACUCACCGGGCAGCAGCUCAAAAUCAUUGCGGAAAUCAAUCGUCUGAAAGAGAUUCUCAUUGAUUAUAAACUGUAUCGAGACUUUUUGGAAAGACUCAUUCCUGAUCAGGCACGAGAAAAAUUGAGAGAAAUUCGCGAAAGACGAAUUCUAACGAAACGAUAUAUGAAAGAUGAAGAAUCCCGAAAAAUGUUCACAAUGCCAAGCGCUCAGGGGAGCAACCAACCAACCAGGCGACCAUCGUUUUUGAUGCGUCGACGCUCCUCCGUACGAUUGCUUCCUCUAACAAGACCGACUACGGCCGAGAGUACAACUCCACAAUUGCCUGAUCAAGACAGCUCGGAGUCUGAAGACGAGAACAAAGAAGUUGUGUAUUUCAAUUCUCCAAAAGACGUGUUAGAAAUUUUGUCCGAUUUAGAGGAGGCCAAUCUGCGUCUGAUACAGCACUGUCAAGAGACACAGGAAAACAUAGAUGUGAUGAAAAAUGUUACAUGCCUGACGAAAGAGAAACUCGAGUUGGAUCGUUCGCAAUUGGUCAAAUUCCACCAAUCUCUGAAAGAAGAUAUCCAUCGUCAAGCGGAACAGACCAAUCAGUUGUCCGUGAAUGUGAGUGAUUUCGAAUUUGACGGCAUGGGCAAAAGUCAACAAGAGGCCGUUUUGGAAUUAUGCCGUACGCAGAUCGCAGCCAGUUACAAGAUUUGCAUGCACAAAUCAGAUGUUUCUAUGAGUGCAUUACAAAUGCUGAAUGACCUUGAAGAGAAAAUGAUUCGACUGGUUCAGCUAAUGCACACUUUACCGGAUGAUCAAAUCAAAUCGUUACUUCAGGCAAAAGAGAAAGAGCACCGUGUACAAGUGAAAGAGCAGAAAAAACAAGAACAACGCAUGCACCAAGAAGAACGCGUACACCGUGCCCUGGAAAGAGCCAAAGCCGAACCGAAGAAAGUGACUGGUCGGCGUGUGAUGACGCGUUCGGAACCGAUCAAGAAAGAAGAAGCAGACAAGCGUGACCAAGAGGCGUUAUUGCGUGAGGAGGAAGAAAUGAUGUUUCUAUUUAGUUGA